AUGGACGGAGAAGGGCAGCAAGGCAGCAGCGAUCACAACAUCGAACUUGACUUCAGCGACGACAAUAACCUUGGCGAUGAGACUGAUGGUGUGUCGUAUGAACCCAACACUGAUGAUGAUGCUAACGCAGCUGCUGCAAAUGAAGACAGCAACGCUGGUGGUGGUGGUGCUGCUGCUGCUGGGAGGACAGCACCAAGGAGUUCCAAGCGCCAUCGCAGAGAGCAAAUCCAACAACUUGAAGCUGUGUUCCAGCAAUGCCCCCAUCCAGAUGAGCAACUCCGGCUGGACCUAAGCAAGCGGCUUGGCAUGGGAUUGCUGCAGGUCAAGUUCUGGUUCCAAAACAGGCGCUCCGCAAAGAAGGUACGUAUAAACAAGAUGGAGCAGCAGGAGGGUAAGAAGUUGAGGGAAGAGAACGAGAUGCUGCUAGCUGAGAACAAAGCCAUGAAGGCGGAAAUACAGAGCAGGACAUGCAUCGGCUGUGGAGGCCCAAGGAUGCACAUUCAUGACUGCAGGGACACCCCAGAGAAGCAGCGCCUGCGCAUGGAGAACGCAAUGCUCAAGGACCAACUCAUGCGUACCAAGGUGUUCGUCAGCGUUUUGACCGGAAAGGAUGUUGAUGAUGCUGCUGCUGCAGCAGAAGAAGGGGCCUUGCCUGCUGCUUAUAGCCCCUACGGCCUCAACAAUGGCGGCCGCCCCUUGGUGAUCAACCCUGCUGCCGCUGUGCCUGCACCGUCCAUGUCUUCUGCAGCCAGAAGCAUUGCUGCCAGCCAGAUCACACUUCUUGAUCAUCUCAUCGGUGCUUGUGAGGAAUUCAAGAUGAUUGCGAGCAUGAAUGAACCUAUGUGGCUGAGGACCUCGGAUGGAGAUGUGCUCAACAACCAGGCCUACAAGAAUGCCACUUACCCGGGCAUCCUCGGGAUCUGUCCCAAGGGGUUUGCUGUGGAUGGCACCAGGACAACCGGCAUCGUGUUGGGCAACGCUGCCGACCUCACUAGCAUCUUCAUGGAUCCGGUACGUACACACUAGCUUUGUCCCAGUAACCAUACACUCUUUUGUGCUCCAGGUAGCUAGGAAUGCUCAUAGUUGCAUAUAUCUUUGCAGGCUCGCUGGUCUGAGAUGUUCCCAGGCAUUAUUGUGGCAGGUGUAACCAGCAGCGCCAUCAUCAAUAGCAGUGCUUCGCAGCCUAGGCUGGUCCAACUGGUGAGCUUCAACGUUCCAUAUUACCAUAUAUUGUCUGACUCAACACGUCAUAUGAGCCGCUCAUACAGUUUUCGGUCAGAAACACAUUAUGUACUGUUUUUGUGUAUUUCAUUAAUCCCACUAUUGGUUUUAUAGCUGGUGAUGGAUGUGUUGUAUCCCUAAAUCUGUGGUGCAGGUCCAGAUGAGCGCAGAGCUGAAGGUGCUGGCACCGAGGGCGCCAGUGGUCAGGGUGAGGUUCAUGAGGCAAUGCAUGCGGCUCCAGCCAAGAUUAUGGGCCGUGGUGGAUGUG